AUGGAGCUUUUGGGCAUGAGCCUAGGAGUUGGCCCUGCACAUUUCAGAGAAUUCUUUGAAGGAAAUGAUUCCAUAAUGAGAUUAAACUACUACCCUCCUUGCCAAAAACCAGAUGUUACACUUGGAACUGGGCCCCACUGUGACCCCACAUCUUUAACCAUCCUUCACCAGGAUGAUGUGGGUGGUCUUGAAGUGUUUGUUGAUAAAAAGUGGCAUUCCAUUCCUCCCAAUUCAGAAGCUUUUGUUGUCAAUAUUGGUGACACAUUCAUGGCUCUGUCAAAUGGGAUCUACAAGAGUUGCUUGCACAGAGCUGUGGUGAAUAAUAGAACUCCCAGAAAAUCUCUUGCAUUCUUUCUUUGUCCGAGGAAGGACAAGGUUGUAAGCCCACCAAAACAGCUUGUUGACACUGAUAAUCCAAGGAAAUAUCCAGAUUUCUCAUGGCCAACUCUCCUAGAAUUCACACAGAAACAUUACAGAGCUGACAUGGAAACCCUCUCAGCCUUCACAAACUGGCUUCAACAAAAGAACAUCACAGGAGAUACAGAAAACUAUUGA